AUGUUGAAGAACACCGUAGCUCUCGCUGCUGCGUUUGCGCAGUUGGCGAACGCCCACUUCCUCGUUCAAUACCCGUCCUGGCGAGCCGAAACCCUAGACGUCCCCGAAGGCUCUGAUUACGACCAGUGGGCUUAUCCUUGUGCCGGUGUCCCCACUGGUGCCGGGAACCGUACCGACUGGCCUCUUACCGGCGGUUCUAUCAAGCUUCACCUCUACCACCCCUGGUCUUAUCUCUUCAUCAACCUCGGAUUCGGAGCCAACACCACCAAUUUCAAUGUUUCGCUCACCCCGAACAUCGUGAACGUGACAAGCAACGGCGUCAUCUGCCUCCCCCAGGUGCCCGUACCCGUGAACGUCAGCGAUGGUCAACUAGCCUCGCUCCAGAUCGUUACCAGUGGCAGCACUGGCGCCGCUUUAUACAAUUGCGCCGACAUUACGUUCCGGUCUUCUGCGCAGUUGCUGGACAGCAACGAGUGCAGGAACGAUACCGACAUCACGGCCGUCAUCGUUGGAUCUUCAUCCGCUGCCGAAACCCCAGCGACUCCGGCAGAGUCCACUCCCCCUAGCGCCGCACCCGGAACUACUGUUGGAGGGUGGACACUUGCCGCCGCGGUCGGCCUCGCAUUUGCUUUUGUUGCGGGUGUAUAA